CAGCAGUGAGUAUGUUUGUGGAAAGAGGAGGGGGGAUAAGUAUUGAGAAAAAGAGGUAGGGAAGGGAGAGAGGUGAGGCUUGGUUUGAUUCAUGUUGUGAUCAGAGCCAAUAGAAAGCCCCCGUCUAUGUCUAGGAGGAAGCAGAAGUGAGAGUCCAAACCCAGCAGGAGACAUACAGAGACGCACAGACCUGCAGACACAGAACUAGGAUACACAGAAUUCGAAGAAAGAUUACAGAGAAAGGUUAAGAGAUAAUUACAUGUAUUAUUAGAUAAUAUAUAUUUGAGAUGGAUAUGAGAUAGACAUGGAUUAUUAAUAAACUCAAAAAUACAGACUCAGUGGAGAGAAACAGGACCACAGACCUUGGGACACGCAACUGACAAUCCACCUCAGCAACCACUGCUGUUCCCAUGGAAACCAAUACCAGGAUUCACUCUCCAGGACUGGUAAGGGUGGACAGCUACCCCUAACGGAGACAGGAUCACCCCACUGUCCCGGGACACUGGCAAGAGAAUGUUUUGGAGAAUCACGCUUCCAGUCCUACUGGCUGGGGUACUCUGCGUAGCCACAGAAACAAGGAAGCCCCGUCCCCAAGGCUCCAUCCCCUCACCUUUCAAGACCAAAGGCAACCUGUCAGAUCGUCAGCGCCUGUUGCCGCGGAAACCCGAAGUCCUUUCGUCAAGUCGGGAGGCCCUGGUGGUCACCGAGCGCCGGUACCUCCGACGUGACUGGUGCAAGACGCAACCCCUCCGCCAGACGGUGAGCGAGGAGGGCUGCCGAAGUCGUACGGUGGUCAACCGCUUUUGCUACGGCCAGUGUAACUCCUUCUACAUCCCCCACCUCAUGGGCCCCAGCUCAAAUCGAGGCCCAGGGUCCAGCCGGAAAAACCACAACAAGGUCCAGGAGCCCUUCCAGUCCUGUUCCUUCUGCAGGCCACACCGCUUCACCCAGCUCACUGUUCAGCUGGACUGUCCGGGCCUGCAACCUACCUUUCGCCAUCGCAAGGUACAGCGUGUCAAACAGUGUCGCUGUAUGUCGGUGGACGUGACUGGCAACGGGAAACUGUGAGGAGUUCUUUGGAACCAUACCAUGACAGUCACCAUGGAUACAAUAAUGUGACAGUGAAAGUGAACAUUAACAUGAACAUGAAUAGCGUAGAUAUGACAGGGGACAUGCUAGUACUUCUCCCUUAUAUUGGGUUAUUCUGCAUAAUCACUUUGAUUGGUCACACAAAAUGAACCUGACAGGUACUGAUAGUACAGAGCGACCCAGCUAUAAGACCUUUGACAAUAUGGACAGCUAUGGUGAAAACUAAAAUGUGCAGAUAUAAAUGGAUGGAUGCAUAGCACAACACCAACUGAAGCACACACAUGUUUCAGUUCAACAACUGGGUCCUUCAACUCUCUAUAAGCUCAUACAGGUUGUGAUAUUACCUUACCUAGGGCCAUGGACUGAUGGCCCCUUUCAUCUGGCUGUUGGCUCUAGAAGGAACAUACAUAUAAAACCACAAACACAAACAAGUUCUAGACUGAAAGUGGAGCUCUUAAGCUGGCUGUGUCAUGUUUUACUGGGUUUACCUGGGGGAACUCUCCAGCCAGUAAGGCUACGGACUGAGAGAAAGCCCCCAUAGCCUGUCUAAGUUUCUGCCUUUGGAUUCAAGAGCCGCCUGUGAAAUAACUCUGACAAACAUCAAGCUAACCAGUAAAGAAAUUAUAUUGUUAUAUUAUGUAUAACUGUGGUACUAUAUAAGUAUAUGUCAAAAGACAAGACACUAUAAAUAUAUAUACAAUCUAUUUCAUGUGAAACAUCUGUGUGGUCUGAAUGCAACCAAUGUUGUGGCAUUGAAGGAUACGGUUGACUAACAAUGGUUGAUAAGAAUAGGCUCAACAACUUUACAUUUUAUUUUUCAUUUUCAUUUAUUUAACGAGGCAAGUCAGUUAAAAACAAAUUCUU